CCGUUGAUCCCUUCCAUGGUGGAACUGGGACCGAGAAGAAGACUCGGGAGGAGAUCGCGUACCAGCUCCCAGUGCAUCGGCUGCUUCAGGCUGGCCGGAACGUUCGGUGCCGAACAGCUCGUCGAGACUCAUGCAACGUGCAACAACAUGCCGAUCAGACUGCGUACUUUGUGUCUCGUGACGCUGGUCUUGUGUAACAUCGCCGACAGUCUUGAACAUGAAAUUCCAAGGAGGAGCUUCCUGUCACGAAGAGCCAUCGAUGGAACCAGAGGAAGGAAGUACUUCGAUCCGGAAGAAGAGGGAGCCUUUGACAGUUAUGGAUCUGCCGGUGGCCAGUACGAUCCUUACGAGGAGAAAACAGAUCUCUCGGAUAUUAGAAGGAACGUGCCAGGAGAGCCGGGAGUCGAUUAUCCUGCGUACACGACGCUGCCGCAGACGGGAUUCACGUGCGAGGGACGUUCACGAGGUUACUACGCGGACGAGGUGGCAGGAUGCCAGGUGUUCCACGUGUGCCACGACGUGCUGGUGUCAUCGUUCCUCUGCCCCAUAGGGUCCAUCUUCAGCCAGAAGCUGCUCACCUGCGACUGGUGGACCAAGGUAGACUGUUCCUCCAGCGGCAAAUACAUCGACGUGAAUCGCAACAGUUAUCAACAAGACGACGACGAGAUGAUACGUAACGCGUACGCGAUGAUCAGCCUUCAGUCAGGAACAGACGUGACCAAGGACGGUCUCGUGGAUCCUGACCGAACUGGCAGCGUGGUGGACUAUCAACGAGCUCCAGCCAGAAUCCCGGACUACUCUUCACUGGAUACGACAGGGAACGACUUAAGAAACAACUACGAGGAUUAUUCCAGCUCUGUCAAUCGCAAUUUCCUGCCACCCUAUCAAUCCAAGGAUAGGAAGAUCGAGAGCAGUCCAAGUUAUCAAGAAAGAUUCUAUCCUCCUGAGAAAUCCAGGUCUCCUUAUCAAGAUUCACCUAUCAUCCGGGUUCAGAACAUCAAAGACCCAGGAUACAGGGAUGCAGAGAGGAACAAGCACUUCCAGGAGAACUAUCGAAGACCCAACGAGUUCAGCAACCAGUUUCAACCUUCGUAUGCGCCCACUGUGCCUACUGUGACCACUACUACCAGGAGAUUUUAUUCCCCUACGGUUCCGACCACUUUCAGACCAUCUACCUUGGCUUACAAUAAGUUGGACCAGGAGAUAGACAGCUCGGACUACUAUUUCUCACACAGUAGGACCAACAGCUUCGUCACUCCAGCGAGCAGGAACGUUGAGGAUCAGGGUGUAAAGAAAUCUGAAGCUGGACGAAAAGCGAACGAUUACAGUCAGCAAGAUAGCUACGAGGAUGAUUACGAUGAUGUGAAUAGCGAGGAGGAAAGACAGACAACUCCGUCUGGAGAGAGAUUCCGAAUCAGAGUGGCUGAUGAUUAUAGGGUGAAUCGAACUGGUCUUUUGUUCGGUCAGGUUUAUCGAGGAUUCGAUAGAGCCAGAGACGACGAAGAGAUUCUAGAGGAUAUCGAGACCAGAGGCAGCAUCGGACUGGGUCAUGCUCUAGGUGAAUCUUUCAGAGGGAUUUCUGUACAACAACAGAAUCCUGUGAACGAUGGGCUGAAAGAUGGAGAAGCAGAAGUUAGGGCACACCAUCGGUACACUUUAACCAGGCCAGAGUCCAGCAUUUCUUCAGGGAAUAGGGAGGAAGAGACAACUGAACAAUACCAAAGAAACGAUCAAAGAGAGCAAGGAAUAAUUUUGAAGGAGGAUCUUGUAUCAUUCACGACCCCUUCUGUUAUUGAAAGCACCAUAAAAGCAACUACGAACCUGCACGAAUUCAAUUCUUCAAGUGUACCGGUUAAUUCGAAGAAUUCCACUGAAGAAUCGUCGAAUCAGAAACAUUCUAUUAAAAGGGUAGACAAAUUUCUGAGACCUCCCGAAGAGUCUCGCACAAAGUUUCAAAUAAAUGUUCCAGAUCUGUCUGAGGUAUCCACUCUGUUGAUCAGAUACUCAACUGUGGAUGAUGGUUCUUCAAGAACCACCGAGUUACCCAGCUUCCGGAACACUUAUUCUGAUGACUAUAUCGAUCAUCCAACUGCCCACGAUGAAUCAGUGAGUGUAACCAGGAAUUAUGAGGAUAUUAGAGGGUCUGGAGAGCCAGGUCGCUCAGAAAGCACAACAGACAUCAACAGAUUCAGAGAAACCGUAACACCAAGGCUGGAUAAAGAACCCAGCACGUCUCCAGUCACGAAAUUACCAAUAAUUGAAUCUUCAAGGUCCACCUCGAAGUCUGGAACUGCAGAAGAUGAAACUCCGACGACUUUGAUCAAACCCAUCAGGCCAGAAACUCUGAAGCAAAUAGAAGAAAGUAUCGAGAAAAAUAAUUCUCCUUAUCACGUAACGUUAACGGUGAACAAAGACGAAGAGUUGAUACCAACAGCACAUGAUCUAAUUGGCAAAUUAAUUGCUCAACAAGGUAAAGAAAGUUCGACAGUUAAUGAUAAGCUGCACGAACUGGAGAUAAUCAAGUCUGUGGAGCCAAAACUCCACCCCACAGACCCACCGACCAGCCCAAUGAGCACCAUAGACACCCAUCAUGAAUCCAACACCGGAAAUAACCACUCUAGGAUUGAACAAAACUCUUCGAGAAGUAAAGACUUUGAUAGAAUCAGUCUACUUCAAUUGAUGUCUGAAUUAUUGAAGUUAGACCGUGCUCCUCGUCCUUUCUCCUUGUCUGACGCUUAUACUUCAGACCUGGAGACCCAACCAGAGGUCGUUUCCGGUUCUUCAGCAUCUCAGACGAUCGCCAAAGAAGUGAAUCUCAAUAUGCAAUUCCAAGAAGAGGUUACAGAGAAGCUUACAGAGAGUUCUACAGAGCCUGUGGUUAGGAGCACUGAUCCUAGACUGAAGGAUCACAUCCUGGACCAACUGGCUGAGACUUUUGGCGAACCAUUGCUGAAGACGGAUCGACCACUCUUUGAUCUUCCUCAGAAAAAUGAAUCCGAUGAUUUUCUGAAGGGUUUACCUACUGUGAACGUGGUUAACCAUCAGGAGUCCAGCAGUUUCAGGACCACCUUAGAGACAAGUGAUCGAUUCUCUUCCAGGUCAAGUUCCAAGGCAAAUACGAUAAUUACGACGACGUCUGAGCCAGGAACGACCCUCACCACAGAUUCUGGGAAGACUGUGGUGAAGACAGAGUUCGUACCAUCGAUUGGGUUCUCUUUUGACACUGAUCGAGGCAGAGAAGAGUACGUGGAAGCUGUUCUAGGUGGAUUGAUAGAACCAGAAGCAGCUGAGAGUGAGAAAAAGGAAGCUGUUAUUCAGCAAACAAGCCAGGAAACUUUGUCGGAAAAGAAUGAGACUUCGAAGGAUGUGUAGUAAUGAUUUAUUGAAUCAUUCCUGAAGAACUUAGUUGUAGAACGAAAUCUGUGAUGUCCUGCUGUUUCGUCCUUUUUUCUUUUAUUCUUCUUUUAAUUAGAAGACCAUUAAUGGUUACCAUUUACAUUGUAAGAGAAGGGUCGAUGUAAUUAUUAGAAUAGAUUAUUUUAUUAAUUGAAAUGAUUAACGUGACUGCUAAGCGUGAAACAUUUCACGAUAGAAAUUAAUUAACUUUCAUGUGAAAAUUAUAAAAAAUCAAUUAAUAGAUGUAUCGUGUAUUAAUAAUGUAUGUACGUGUGAGUAAGAAGCAAUUAUGUAUUUUUUAAUA